ACUCAACUUCCCUCAAUUGCUCUCUGAAUCUCACUCUCUUCUUAACCAACUCAACUUGCUUGGCGAUCUGAUCGGUUCUGUCAGUAUUGCGUUUGAUUCAGAAUUGGGUCUUUGAAUUAAUUUUCUUUUUUCUUUGGGGUUUUGAUGAAUCCAUUCCUUCGUUAUUGGGGAAGGAGUGUGAGCUAUUGUUUCAAUGCUAGCAAGGAUAGUGAGGGUCCAUGGUAACAUAUGCAUAGAAUCCUCUAUUAUGUUAAUGAUAGGUUGUGGUUUUUUUUCUUUGUUGGUCUUGGAAUUUUGUGUUGGGGGAACCUAGAAUUUAGUGUUGGUUUUCAAUCUGUCUGUCAAAGGAAGUUCCGGGAUUUGGGGACAUGAGAAGAUCCUGUUUCAAGAAAUUGUCGAUCAUAUUUGGCCCUAGACCGCCAGUGAGCUGGUUAAUCCUGUGCCUUAUCAGUCUGCUCGCGCUGAUCGUUGUCUUAGGUUCAUCUUCUUCGAGUAUUAUUGAUCCGGCGCCUCACAUUCCGGUAUCUCUCAUCUACACAAACUAUAGGAGGAUAAAAGAGCAAGCAGCAGUUGAUUAUUUAGAGUUGAGUUCUGUUGUAUGGGGUGGACAGAGAGAACUUGACUUUUGUGGCAAGGAAAGAGAGAAUUUUGUGCCUUGCUAUAAUGUUUCAGCCAAUUUGUUAGCAGAGUUUAAAGAAGGUGAGGAGUUUGAUCGGCAUUGUGAACUGUCAGUUGCAACAGAGAGGUGUUUGAUUCGCCCUCCUAAGGAAUAUAAAAUUCCCUUGCGAUGGCCAACUGGCAGGGAUAUUAUAUGGAGUGGAAAUGUCAAGAUAACCAAAGACCAAUUUCUUUCGUCUGGAAGUAUGACCAAAAGGUUAAUGCUACUAGAAGAGAAUCAAAUUGCAUUUCAAUCGGAGGAUGGACUGAUGUAUGACAGUGUGAAAGAUUACUCUAGCCAACUUGCAGAGAUGAUAGGGUUGGGAAGUGACACUGAGCUUCCUCAAGCUGGUGUUCGUACUAUACUAGACAUUAAUUGUGGAUUUGGUAGUUUUGGAGCUCAUUUGGCAUCGCUGAAAACAAUGGCAGUUUGCAUUGCGGCAUAUGAGGCAACAGGCAGCCAGGUUCAGUUGGCCCUUGAGAGGGGCCUUCCUGCUAUGAUUGGCAACUUUAUUGCAAGACAGCUUCCAUACCCUUCAUUAUCAUAUGACAUGGUUCACUGUGCUCAGUGUGACAUCAAUUGGGAUGGAAAAGAUGGUAUGUUCCUUAUAGAAGUUGACCGUGUUCUUAAACCUGGAGGAUACUUUGUUUUAGCCUCGCCCACAAGCAGGCUACAGAGAAGUUCAUCACAAGCUAAAGAGAGAAACAUGUUGAUGCCAAUGGAAGAGCUGACCCAGCAACUUUGUUGGACUCUUCUAGCUCAGCAAGAUGAGACAUUCAUCUGGCAGAAGACUGCUGAUGUCGAUUGCUAUGCAUCUCGCAAGAAGUAUGCUAUACCACUAUGUAAAGAACGUGAUGAUGCUCAGUCAUAUCAUCAGCCUCUUGUACCAUGUAUAAGUGGGACCGCUAGCAAGCGCUGGAUUGCAAUACAGAACAGAUCCUCUGGAUCUGAACUGAGCUUGGCUGAGCUUAAAAUUAAUGGAAAAUCAGCUCUCAAGAAUUAUUGGUCUUUGCUUACACCGCUAAUUUUCUCUGACCAUCCAAAGAGACCGGGAGAUGAAGAUCCACUGCCUCCAUUUAACAUGAUACGCAAUGUGAUGGACAUGAGUGCCAAAUAUGGGGGUUUGAACACUGCCCUUCUGGAAGAGGAAAAAUCAGUUUGGGUCAUGAACGUUGUUCCUGCUAAGGCUUCUAAUUCACUUCCUCUUAUACUAGAUAGAGGUUUUGCUGGUGUUAUGCAUGAUUGGUGUGAACCUUUCCCCACUUACCCCCGGACUUAUGAUAUGCUUCACGCAAAUGGACUUCUCUCUCAUAUCACGUCAGAGAAGUGCAGCUUGAUAGACUUAUUCUUGGAGAUGGACAGAAUACUGCGUCCAGAGGGAUGGGUCAUUCUCUCUGAUAACAUGGGAGCUUUAGAGAUGGCUCGUACACUUGCAACACAAGUACGCUGGGAAGCAAGGUUAAUUGACCUUCAGAAUGGUAGUGACCAGAAGCUACUUGUUUGCCAGAAACCAUUUCUCAUAAAAUAAUUGAUUGGCAGCACUAUGUCUCACCAUGGCCAAUGAACACUAUUUUUUUAUCUGAGAAUGGAUUGUUUAGUUGGCAAAGGUUGUAUAUAUUGCUCAGAGCCCUGACAUUUUUCCAUCGUUUUGCGCAAUUGGGUCGAGGAAUCGUGGAAGCUGUAGAUUUUGAAGGUUCGCGUUGAAGUGAACUCCAAUUCAUUUUUUGUCAAAGGUGUUUGUAGUAAUUCAUUCAUUUAUUAUAUUGUUAGCAUUUUUUUUCCUUCAUGGUUUCUUUUAUUGAUCAUUGGAUUUGAAGGCUUUCUGUGUGACCAAUCACACUAAUUUUUGAGAAAGAAUGUGAAUGGCCACAAAUUCAAGAAUGAAUUUGGCAUUGUAACACAGUUCGAGCCUGUCAGUAUUCACCAUAUAGAAUAAAUCU